GGUCCCUUUACUUUUUUUUUCUUAUUUUUUUUGAUACACACAUCGUACACCAUGGCCUUGCGAGCAUCAGUAUUGGGCCUUUCGCGCCGAUUCUUUUCCACACCUUCUAUGCCAUGGAUCCGUUCCAUGUCGACCAAUGCAAAGGAUUCCUCCGCACCAACGGAUCUCGCAGACAAUGUCAUGCCCAGCCUUUUCAACGCUGAUCUCUCGGUCCCCAAAGAAUUGUCGACUUCCCUUGAACCAUAUGCAGGACGUUCCAUCGGCAAUGUGGCUAAUCCCAACGUCGCUUACCGCAAACUAAACUCCAUUCUCGCACAAAACAAUGUUCGACGAGAAUUGCGAGCUAAUAUGUAUUACGAAAAACCGGCGGUCGCACGGAGACGACAGAGAAGAGAACGUAACCAAAAACUGUUUGGUGCCAUGAUCAAGAAGAAGGUCGCUCUUAUUAUGCAAAUGAAGCAGAGAGGCAUGUAAUAAUAUAGAAUCAAAUAAAAAAACCACCCACCAUCCACAGAAAGACACAUUAUUUUCACACACAUACACAAGACAAACCGCGCAGUGCAAUAAAAGAAAUGCUUUACAUGUUUUGUUGACGAACAAAAAAGA